AUGCCGGCAUGGAUGGAAAAGUUUAUCACACGCGAAGACGUGUCCCCAGACCCACGGCGUAGCAGCGGCGAGCGCCCAGCCGUGGACGUACACUACACGGCGCUCCAUGGAGGACACAAGCGCAUCCUCGGCAUGCAAGGGGACACCGAACCGCGGUGGGUGUCGGUGCUUGGCGCGUGGGGGAGCAAGGUCAAAGUCACCCGCGGCGCCGGUGGCGACGAUGGCAAGAAGGACCAAGGGACGAAACUUGCCGUGAUCGACUUCCACAACCUCACACUGCAUCCGCACAUUGAGCUGGACAGACCAGACUACGGGGUCACGAAGGUGUCCUUAAUGGACGGGCAGUUCGACGCGAGCGAAUGCUCCGACGGCGCGCUGGGCAUACUGCGCCGUAAGGAGACGGGCAGCGCGUACAACGGCGCGGCAACCUGGGAAAUGCGCACAUUCGACCCGUCGUUGGACGCUGCUGCGGCGGCGGCGGCGUCUGAGCUGAUAGUGUCGGCAUCCAUCGACGCCGGCCAGCUCAACGGCGUCAUCAGCAUCUGGAGGGCCGGGCUGAGCGAAGAGGCCAUCGAGCAGCUCGUGCUCGUAGCUGUCUCCCAGAUAGAGUACAUCAAGUUCAUAACGAGGAUCAGCCAGCGGUCUGCGGUCAUGGGCGGGGGCAGGGCGACGUGGAUGGUAGCUCAAGCCCUUUGAGUUCGGCUCCUGGUGUGCAGAGAUGGACAAGGGCAGUUAGUCCUUAGCAUGCAAUUGAUUUGAGAGACUUGUACCUCGAGUACCUAU